UUUUUAUUGCGGCAGCCCACUCAGUCACCAUUGCAGCUGUGGGGUUCCAUGCACAACUGCUCAUCACCCGUGGCAUGAGCUCCGACGACGACCAUCGCAGUAAGAGGUCUUGGGGUGGGACCAACGAAGAUUCUCGGAGGGAGAGCAAAUCAAGAAAUCGAUCCAGCGGGAGAAAAGGCCGCCCUGAUCAGGUUCGCUCAAGCGGAACGAGCAGUUCGUCUUCUGAAAAUGAAAGUAGUAGUAGGAGCAGGCGCCGCGAUCGAAGCGAAUCCAGUGAGCGGAGAAAGCGGAAGAAGAAAAAGAGGAAGAAAAGUUCGGAAGUGUUGAGAAAGGAUAAAGGAAGAGCGGAAGAAGACCGCCAAGACAAAUCAAGAAAACGAGAAAAGAAAAAGAAGAAGAAGCGAGAAAAACGUGCCAAAAGAGACAAGCACGACAAGCCGGAUAGUAACAGCGAUUCAGACACUUCGGACGACGAACCUGGCGUGCGGCGGAGUGCGAUCACGGGGAAGAAAAUCAGAAUGAAGCUCGAAAAUCAGACAACUGAAGAUCACGCACGUGCAGCGGGCCGGAAGCAUCUUCUCCAGUUUAUGAACAGCCAAUUCUGAGAGCGACAGCGUCAAAAUCCCCACGUUCGCCCUGAUUUCGUUGAUGUUUUAGGGACUGCCAGGAGGAAAACGUUGGUGGCAUGAACAUGUGUUUAGGUCGCCAAGCCUGCCACAAUCUUGGACACGUUUGUAUACCGAAAUGUAUUGGAUGUUUAUACGGACAACAUGAGGGAAAAUAAUGUCUGGGCCAGCUUUUGGCUCUGAAUCAGAACUUGUCGUUAUUGAGAUGACGAUCGUGUAGCUCGAAGGCCCCUCUUACGAGCAUGUAGACACGCUUGAAAUCAGGUAGGGUCCCUGGGACCACAGGUGUUCCCCUUUGGCCUCGAGGGGCUGGUCGAUUCACCACCCCCUUGCUCGGUGAUGGCUAUUUUACCCGACCGGAUGCGGCUUGGAUGCAAGUUUCAAAACAGAACAAAAAUAAUAUGCCCCAAAGGGACUCCGCGAAAAUCCAAGGUAGUUAACCCUGCGUGCGCCCCGGU